ACGUGACCGUGACCGAGACGUCGGGAUAGGAAAGAAAACAGGAAGCUGUUUAGAGUCGCAAAGCGGUAGCGUGUUGAAUUUAGAGUGUAUACGAUAUGGAUGUGUUAACAAAAUUUACAUUUGUAAUAGCAUGCUGGGCUGUUAUAUUCAUUACCGUUGCUGACUGCUCGAAUGAUCCAUCAGAGAUGAGUGGCGACAGUGCACGAAAGCUGCCAUCAGUAGUCAUCCCUGUAUCGCAGGCGAGCACUUUGGGAUCCUUCUACUCUCUCAGUCUUUCAUCUUUAUUUCCAGAGGACUUGAACGAGUAUUGUAUUGAACUGCUUAGCAUCUACCGUCAGCGUUACGUGACUUACGCGAACUGCCUGGUGACUUAUGCGCGACCUGUCAAAAUCUGUCAGAACUGUUACACUGACUUCAACAGUCUGGCGGACAUUUAUAAAAACAUAUCAUCUGACCACCCUGGCCCUGGGAAUGUCAGUUGCCAUGACAGCCUGAUGCGUUCGGAUAGGUUGAUGCUGCUCUAUGCCCUCUUCAACCAAUUAGAUGAGAUCUGGAGAUCAGCAGCAUGCAAGCAAUGCCUGACUAAAGAACAAGAGGCUCUUUCAAAUGAUACGGUUUACUUCAUGGCCACUCUGAAUCAGUCACUCUCCUGUUUUGAACAGUAUCAGAAGAACCACUCUGAACUGUGUAAGGACUGCAAAGCCUCGUACAAAAAGUUGAAAGCGCUCUAUGGUAGAAUGGACAAAAACCAAACACUCUGCAUUGAUUUAGAAGACGCAAUGAAUAUAACGCAGCAGCUGUGGAGUAAAAACUUUAGUUGCCUGUUACCUCGGGAGGAGACGGUGCCUGUCAUCGCAGUGUCCAGCUUCAUGCUCUUCCUCCCCAUCAUCUUCUACUUAAGCAGCUUCCUGCACUCAGAACAAAAGAAACGCAAGCUUAUACACCCCAAAAGAGCCAAGUCCAGCAAUAGCCUAAUGAACAUCCAAGACAAAUUCAACUGAGUGGAGAUGAGGCGAGGAGGGGAAGAGAGGGCACUGAAUCUUUGGUUCACCUCAACAGACACUUUCAGCAUGGAUGGGUAGGAUUCACGUCUUCUCCUGGACCCCAAGCACAUCCUGGUUCAAAGACUUUAUGAUGCUCUACAGAUGCUGUGAUCACAGUCUAUUUAAAUCAGUUUCUUUUUGCACUAUUUGUCAUUUGCACUAUUUAUAUAAAUACGGCAAUUGCAAGGUUUACUGUUUUUUUUUUUCAUUUCUUUUCUUUCUUUUUUUCUUUUUUUUUUUUUUUUUUUGCUUAGCGUUGAAAAAUAAGAUGGUUCUACAGUUUUCACAGAGGAUCAGUGAUGAUUUCAAUAAUUAUGAUGGAUGUAAGUAUUACAUUAUUGUAUUUUAGGCAUGAAAGACAUAUGAUACCGAAAGAGGGAGAUUUAUCUUUUACAUCAGACUGGUUAUGCUGUAUUUUUACUGCACCAAGGGACCAUGUUACGUUUUAUAUUUUAGAAUUUCCUAGGUAAUAACAAAUGGUUACACACACACACACACAGAGACACACUACAUGGCAAUGGUACCACUUCUAAAAGCACUUCAUGUGCAUUAGAGAAAGAUCUUGUAACAAAUACUUUAUUCAGGGUCAGAGGUGUAUGCAGUGAGUAGAGUAGAAAAGUAAAGGAUGGAAGAGGCAACAUGCAGGCUUUUUAGAUGUUCCAUGUUUCUUUUUUUACUUCACUUUUUGUUUUACAAUGGAUUUGCCAUAGUCUACCCUCAUUGUGUGGAUAUAUACCCUACUGUCAGAUAUUUGAUGAUCACACACCAGUUAUUCUGAAAGGAAUAGAAAAGUUUAAUUAAUAGUGAUACAUCAGAGAGAUCUUUUCUUUUCUGUACUCAGAUGUUGACCAUAGCAUUAUCUAAAUUAAAGUGUUAUUUUGUUUACUCUGAAUGCAGUUAGGUUUAUUUAUAGAAUCUUUGCAUACUUCUAUAGUUGUGAAAUAAUUUUCAAUUCAAUAGCUUCCUCAUACCUUUAUUAAAAUGUUAAUUUUGCUUCACUCUUAAAGCCUUCCUUAGUGCAGUUGACAGGCUCUUUGUUUUCAGGGCUAUGUGGACUUUUCCAUGGACUGCUAAGCGCCCGUUUCCCCAGUCAUUAGCAGCUAAUCUAAAUGUAGGAUAAAGUUACUUGGCCGAAUAAUUGUAACAACACAUCCCUUUAAGCUGCAUUGGCUUUUUGGUCUUAUGGAGCCAAGCCAUUGCCUAUCACACUGCCUGUUAAGCGCAUUUUGUUUGAUUUAACCUAUCAUAUGAUCAUACAGGAAGAUAUGGGGGAAAAAUAGCCUUUUCAUUUGUGGCUCAUGAGUGCAAUGUCUUAAUAAGAAUGACAGCUUUCCUCCCUGCAAUGCCAGAUCCAUUGGUAAAAGUCAUCACUCUAGCCCUGAAAGCCAAAUGUAGCAACCAAGCAAAUUUUACGGCCACGUGUUCAAGGAACUGACGCAAAACCUGAAAUACUUUUUGAGAUGUGUGGCUCGAGCCUUACUUUACCUGACAUGAACCUUAGAGAGAAUGAGGGGAAACUGGUGGGGGAUAUGAGAUUAUCCCGCAUCACGUUUUGCCCUGGUAAGAAUCAGAGCAGUGACUUUGGACCUUAAGCAGUGAGCCCAUUACGAAAUAUCCCUGAGCCUGAAAGUCAGCAGGGACUGAUCCAACAAACCUUUAAAGUAGCUGCUCCAUUGUUUAAAUGUUGCCAUUAGGAUUUUGAAUGGACUGUCAUUAUAAAUGAAAAAAAAAAAAAAUGUAUGUGUUGAUUAAAGAUUGCUUUGUGCUCUUUUAGAAGAACUUGCAUACUAACAAAAAGUCUGAUUGUAUUUUGACAUUUUGUAAGACUGUAAUUUUAUUAAGAAUAAUAAAGAUAAUUGAUUCUGAAA